CUUUUAAUAUAUACACCAAUAUAACUCAAAAAUUGUCAUUUGUUUUCAAAAUAUAGCACUUAGAGUAAAAAUGAAGAAUUGGCAAUUGAUACACUUUUUGUUAGUAAUAACUUGUUUGAUUCUUAAUGAAGGAAUUGAAAAUAAAUAUUUGGAAGACGAAAAAAUUUGCCCCUUUGAAAAAGGUACGAUAAGAAAAGCUGCUGCGAAUGGUGAUAUAGAAAAAUUAAAACUAGCUCACGAAAGUGGAUGUGAAUGGGAUAAAUAUACGACUUCUGAAGCUGCUGCAAAUGGACAUUUAGAAUGUUUAAAAUAUGCACAUGAAAAUGAGUGUAAAUGGGAUAAAAAAACUACAAGUGAUGCUGCUGCAAAUGGACAUUUAGAAUGUUUACAAUAUGCUCUUAAAAAUGGAUGUAAUUGUAAUAAAAUAACUGCAAUGAAUGCAGCUGCAAAUGGGCAUUUAGAAUGCUUAAAAUAUGCUCAUAAACAUGGAUGUAGAUGGAAUAAAAAAACAACAAGAGAUGCUGCAGCAAAUGGGCAUUUAGAAUGCUUAAAAUAUGCUCAUGAAAAUGCUUGUCCGUGGAAUACAGACACAACAGAAGCAGCUGCAAAUUAUGGUAAUUUAGAAAACUUAAAAUAUGUUCAUGAAAAUGGAUGUAAAUGGGAUAAAAAAACAACAAGAGCUGCUGCUGCAAAUGGGCAUUUAGAAUGCUUAAAAUAUGCUCAUGAAAAUGGCUGUCAUUGGGAUGAAAUGACAACAUAUGAAGCUGCACGAAAAGGUAGAUUGGAAUGUUUAAAAUAUGCUCAUAAAAAUGGCUGUCAAUGGGAUAAAAUGACAACAUUUGGAGCUAUCUAUUCGAGCAGUUUGGAAUGUUUAAAAUACGCACACGAAAAUGGAUGCAAAUUUUAUGAGAACAUAACUUUAUUUGCUGCAAAAUAUGGUUUUUUAGAAUGUUUAAAAUAUCUCUAUGAAAAUGGAUGCAAAUGGGUAGAAGGCACAACUAGAAUUGCUGCUUUGAACGGACAUUUAGAUUGUUUAAAAUAUGCCCAUGAAAAUGGAUGUAAAUGGGAUACAGGUACAACUAAUGCAGCUAUCUCAGGACGUAAUUUAGAAAUUUUAAAAUAUAUACAUGGUAAUGGAUGCGAAUUAGAUGAAAUAAUAACAAUAAUAGCUGCUGUUGAUGGCGAUUUAGAAAUUUUGAAAUAUGUACAUAAAAAUGGCAGUAAAUGGACAGAAGGAUUAAUUGAAAAUGCUGCUUUAAAUGAUAAUUCAGAAUUUUUAAUAUAUGCUCACAAAAAUGGAUGCCAUUGGGAUGAUGAUGCAACUAAAUAUGCCGCAGAAAGUGGCUGUUUAGACUGCUUAAUUUAUGCUCAUGAAAACGAUAUAAAAUGGGAAUAUGGUACAAUAGUUACAGCUGCCAAGCAUGGUAAUUUGGAUUGCUUAAUAUAUGCUCACGAAAAUGGAUAUGAAUGGGAAUAUGGUACAACUAGUGCUGCUGCUUCAAAAGGUUAUUUAGAUUGUUUAAAAUAUGCCCAUAGAAAUGGAUGUGAUUGGGAUAAAGAUACAACUAAAAGUGCUGCAACAAGUGGCUGUUUAGAAUGUUUAAAAUAUGCUCAUGAAAAUGAAUGUGAAUGGGAUAUAACAGUAACAGAAGUAGCUGCUUAUACUGGUAAUUUAGGAAUUUUAAAAUAUGCUCAUGAAAAUGGAUGCAAAUGGGCAGAAGGUACAAUUAGAGCUGCUGUUUUAAAUGACAAUUUAGAUUGUUUAAAAUAUGCCCACGAGAAUGGAUGCCCAUGGGAUGAUGGUGUAACUAAAGCUGCUGCCCUAAAUGGUAAUUUAGAAAUUUUAAAAUAUGCUCAUGAAAAUGGAUACAAAUGGGAUAUAGACACAACUCAUGCGGCUGCCACAAGAGGUAAUUUAGAAAUUUUGAAAUUUGUUUAUGAAAAUGGAUGCAAAUGGACAGAAGGUACAAUUAGAAUUAUUGCUUUAAAAGGUAAUAUAGAUUGUUUAAAAUAUGUUCAUACAAAUGGGUGUGAUUGGGAUGAUGGCACAACAAAAGCUCUUGCAGCAUGUGGUUGUUUCGAUUGUUUAAAGUUCGCCCACGAAAAUGGAUGUCCUUUGGAUAAAGAUAUAAUAGUUACAGCAGCUGUACAUGGUAAUUUAGAUUGCUUAAAAUAUGCUCAUGAAAAUGAUUGUGAUUGGGUUGAAGGUACGAUGAGAGGGGCUUCUUCAAAUGGACAUUUAGAUUGCUUAAAAUAUGCUCAUGAAAAUGGUUGUGAAUGGGACGAAGGUACAAUAAGGGAAGCUGCCGCAAGUGGUUGCAUUAAGUGUUUGAUUUUUGCACAUGAAAAUGGAUGUCCAUGGGAUGAAGGAACAAAGAGUGCAGCUGAACAAAAUGGUAAUUUUGAAUGCCUAAAAUAUGUUCAUGAAAAUGGAUUUGAGUGUGAUAAAGGCACAACAUGAUUAACUGCUUCAAAUUAUCAUAUUAGUUGCCUAACAAAAGCCCAUGAAAAUAAUUAUCUAUGGAGUAUAAAUACUAUUUAUGAACCUACUCGAAAUGGUUUGACAGAUAUAAUCAUUUAUGCUAUUUAAAA